AUAAGAUGUUUGUGUUAACAUGAAACUGCAGUACAGUUGACCUUGUACAGAUCUAAACCAAGACAACAGAUACAAGACAUCCACCCGUGAUAUCAACUGUGGUAUUGUUAGUACCCGGAGAAGUGGAACCCUGUGGUAUUGUCGGUACCCUGAGCCAGGGCAACCAAGUGACACAAGACAAUGUAUAUCACUGAUAUCAGGGAUGAAGAUAUAGAGAUCUCUGUCAAGGUUGUGAUAGUAGGGAAUGGCGCGGUUGGAAAGUCAAGCAUGAUCCAGCGCUAUUGCCGCGGAACCUUCACUAAAAGCUAUAAGAAGACGAUUGGUGUGGAUUUUCUUGAAAAACAAUUGCGGAUUCAUGGGGAGGAUGUCAGGCUUAUGCUCUGGGAUACAGCUGGGCAAGAGGAGUUUGAUGCCAUAACCAAAGCAUAUUACAGGGGAGCCCAGGCCUGUGUUGUUGCUUUCUCCACGAUUGACCGUGAGAGCCUUCUAGCGGUGAGAAAGUGGAAGAAGAAGGUGGAGGAUGAGUGCGGGGAUAUCCCCAUGGUCCUCGUACAGAACAAGAUCGAUCUUAUAUCACAGUCAGAGAUUGAUCAGUUAGAGGCUGAGAGGCUGGCAGCAGAGUGCAAUAUGAGGCUGUACCGUACUUCAGUAAAGGAGGAUCUAAAUGUAGGAAGCGUUUUCCAGCACCUAGCAGAGAACUAUGUCAACAAGGUGAAGAGCUACGACAUGAGCGUCGGUCCCUAUCAGAGCCUGCAAAUCGGCGUCUCCCAACAUCGACAAAUCGGCCGAAACGACGGUUAUCGGAAGACCAGCGGCAGCCUCGUUCUUCCUGACUACUCCCGCCGAUUACCGGGCAACCGUCGUCGGUUCAGCAACUAUUGUGACCCAUGUACCGACUAUCUAAAUAAUCCAAUGUUUGAAUCCCUCCAGCCCAGAAGAUACUGGAACUCCGAUAAAAGCAUCACCCUUCGUCCCUUUAACAAUAAGAAACAUUCCUAUAAAGCAAUCAAUGUUAAGAGCGCCUGUAAAGUUUUGUAAAUUGUGAUAAAGGGUGAAGAGGGUGUUUAAUACAUAUUUUAUCCUAGAAAUGUUCAAACCACAGAUACUUUUGGAAUUCACCUGAAAUCAUUCAAUUUUGGUAAAAAA